GUCAGCUGUCAAACUGCGAACGCGCGCCACUCGGCUCCGCUCACUAUGGACGACUACGAUUGCUGCCUUUGAAUUUACCGAAAGAAACUCCUCGUGGACGGUUAAAAGUAAAAUAACCGCAAAGUGGCCGGCACGAUGGAUUAAAGGGGGAAAGUGGUGAAAAUAAAAGGUUUGAAGUUGACAUAGACCCGUAAGGAAGACUCGCUUAGAAGCUAGCGUCGGACUUCUACCGGCUUCGUUAGCAGCGGCUAGCUCGUUAGCUACCUAGCUCGAGCCGGAGUAGUGAUGCUUAAGUGGCUCAAGUAGUUAUGAACAAUUGUGACAUUACGUCUUUAAAAGAGAAACAAUGUCCCCCGGAGGGAGAGACGGCGGCUAAUAAUAACAAUAAACAGUGGCACUCGGUGGGUAGCGAUGAGUGCGGGUGUUGUCAUGACAUGAGCCCCAUGGAUGAAGCCGUGCUGCCCGGGAUGUCGUCCGUCCAGCCCGGACUGGACGCGCCGGACGACGACCGGAACGGGCUCCGUCUCCUGGAGGAUCUCAGCUUCCCGCCCGGCGCCUCACCCUACGUGGGGGACGUCAACGGCGAGGGCCCGCUGUUCGAGAGACGGAAGCGGUCGCGCUCCAACAGCUCGAGGCACCACUUCGGCGACGUGGUGGCCGAGCUGGGUCCCGAGGAGGCGCGCUGGUUCUACAAGGAGGACAAGAAGACGUGGAAGCCCUUCGUGGGACACGACUCGCUUAACAUCGAGCUCAUGUAUCGGAAGUACAGCGAGCUCAGCCCCGGUGCGACCAGCCCCCCGGUGGAAGUCAACGGAGAAGUGUCAGUGGAGACACGAACCAUUGGCGUCCUCGGAGACCAGGGGUCCUUGAACACAUCCACGCCGUCCAUGAGCACGGAUGAGAGGGACCCUGACAGCAUUGACGUCCGUGUGGAGCCUGUGUGUGUGCGUGGAGGACUCUAUGAGGUGGACGUCAGAGAAAGAGGAUGCUACCCUGUUUACUGGAAGCAGCAAGACCAUAUUCCGGUGCUGCGAGGUCAGUGGUUCAUCGACGGCACAUGGCUGCCCUUAGAGGAGGAUGAGAGUGACCUCAUCGAAAGCGAGCACCUCAGCCAUUUCCAUGGACAGCAGACGCAGGACACCUUCGACGCCAGCGACAUGGUUGUCAGGACCGUCGAUGGUAAAGACGUCCUCUCCCACCUGCCCCCUUUCUACCUCCACUUUCUGUUCAAAUGGAGCGGAUAUCAGACGAACGCUAGAGCGACAUGUCACAAGCGCAAACGCUGCCAAGCAAUCCACAGCCUGAAGUUGAGUCGGACCCAUGUGGACUGGCACAGUGUGGACGAGGUCUACCUCUACAGUGAUGCCACCACGUCCAAAAUCGCUCGCACUGUCACGCAGAAACUGGGCUUCUCCAAAGCCUCCAGCAGCGGAACCCGGCUGCACCGCGGUUACGUGGAGGAGGCCUCUCCAGAGGACAGACCCCCACAGACCACACACAUUGUCUUUGUGGUACAUGGGAUCGGGCAGAAGAUGGACCAGGGACGUAUUAUCAAAAACACUGCAAUGUUGAGGGAAGGUGUGAGGAAGAUGGAGGAGAAGCACUUUUCAGAGCACAAUGAUGAGCAUGUGGAGUUCCUUCCUGUGGAGUGGCGCUCCAAACUGGCUCUGGAUGGAGAUACCGUGGACUCCAUUACACCAGACAAGUUGAGAGGCCUGAGAGACCUUCUCAACAGCAGUGCCAUGGACAUUAUGUACUACAACAGUCCUCUUUACCGUGAUGAGAUCACUAAGGGACUGACACAGGAGCUGAACAGACUGUACAGCCUGUUUUGCUCGCGCAACCCCGACUUUGAGGAGAGGGGAGGCAAAGUGUCCAUCGUGUCGCACUCGCUGGGCUGCGUGAUCACGUACGACAUCAUGACAGGCUGGGACCCCGUGCGCUUCUGCCUUCAGGAGCACCACGCCGUGGAGGAGGAGCUGCGCAUGCACUGGAUGUCGUACGAGGAGAGGCAUCUGCUGGAACAACUGCGGCACACCAGGAACAGAUUACAAGAGUUGGAGAAUCAACUUUUAACACUGGAAGCCUCCAAACCGUCAGCGCCUCCUGCACUCAAAUUUAAGGUGGAAAACUUCUUCUGCAUGGGUUCUCCUCUGGCCGUCUUUCUGGCACUGAGGGGCAUCCGGCCCGGUACCAGCUGCCACCAAGACCACAUUCUUCCCACGUCCAUCUGCAGUCACCUCUUCAAUGUCUUCCACCCGACGGACCCUGUGGCCUACAGACUGGAGCCCCUCAUCCUCAAACACUACAGCAACAUUGCGCCAGUGCAAAUACACUGGUGUAGUGCCACCAACCCGGCACCUUACGAUGAGGUGCGGCCCACAUUCCUCAACCUCACUAAGGAGCCGACGUCGGACACAGAGAGCAUCCCCAGUCCGAGCACUUCUCCCGUCCUCCCCCGGAGACACUACGGAGAGUCUAUUACCAAUUUAGGCAAGGCCAGCAUCCUGGGAGCAGCGAGUAUCGGGAAGGGCAUCGGUGGCAUUCUCUUCUCCCGCUUCUCGCGCUCCAACAGCCAACCCUCUGUCUCUGUGGGACUGGAGGGUGGGUCCAACCCCGAAGACGACGAGCAACAGAAACGCACCGAGAGCCAGUCGGCAUAUGGCCUCUCCACCUUGGCCCGGCCCACCUCGCCCACCGCAGAUGUCUCAUUGCAGCUGGAGCGCCGCAUAGACUUUGAGCUGCGCGAGGGCCUGGUGGAAAGUCGCUACUGGUCAGCCGUCACGUCACACACGGGCUACUGGUGCUCGCACGACAUCGCCCUCUUCCUGCUCACCUUCAUAUACGAGCACAGGAAGACCCCCUCCGUCCCAGGUGGAGACACCCCCGAACCUGACUGAACACGCCUCCCCCCACUCCCCUCACCUUCUCUAUUGCUUUGUUGUUGUUGUUGUUGAUUUUUAGACUGAAAAACUAUUCUCUUGUUUUUUAUGCACACAGAUAUUUUUCCUAUGAUCCAGUUCUGUGAACUAAUAAGCUGAUUUAGUUUCAUUCCAGUACAGUGGAACUUCCAAAGUGGAACAGAACAAUUUUUUCACCAUGGGAAAUCAUAUACAGUGUUCCAAACCCACCCGGGAUAGGUGACAAUCUGGGUUAUAGAGAGAUCAUAUAUAAUUUUGUUUUAUAUAUAGUUUUACUGCUCUCACAUACUUAAGACACAUUUAAACUUAACAAAUUUAUUAAAACACACUCUUAUGUAUUCCUUAGCACCUGUUCUUAAAUGGGAGACUACACAUCACUUUGAGGAAACUAAAUGAAGACACCCUCCAAAUAAGAUGCCAAGCGUGCUUGCGUCAAGAUUUUUAUUUGUCACGCCCACUUGGUUUCCUGUAAAACUGACACAUAAAACAACAUUGUAUAUUUAAACACCAAGGUGUUCGAAUCAUACAAAUCAUAUAAUUUCGUCUGACGAAAGCCUGCUAGCUCAAUGCCAACGUAAUGUGCAAUGCCAUAAAUGGGCUAACGGAAAUUCGAAAAGGAGGUUCACUGUAAAGAAAAUUUGCAAUAUUUGAUGUAACAGUUUACAUUUUUCAUUGUAAUCACUAGAAUGCAACAAAAUAGAAUUACAAUAAAGUAAAACUAAUUGCCUUGGAAGAUAGGACAUUUAAAGCUGGUGUAUCGUAAACGCUAAUGCUACCGUACACUGUAAUAUUGAAUAGGUAAUUGAUUAAAUGUUUUGCUUAUGCAACUAUUCCCCUCUAUUUGUGGAGGAUAUCGACCGAGCCCUUCAAUCAAUAGCGAAAAAAUUUGAAUAAUUGACACCCCCCCUAAAACAUUUUGUAAUUGCCUAUAUUUCACAAACCAUUACGAUAGGUCAGUCCCUACAGGGUCUGUUAUUUAAUAGUUAAAACUGUAAAUAUAACACAAACUCUGUUCACAAAACAGUUUAAUACCGAUCAACCUCAUCUUACAACAUUACACUUGGAGAUAAAUUGCUUCCAGAUGAAUUGAUUAAAAAUGCACCAGAAGUGCCGCGCAAACUACUAACUUCCGCUAAGAACCCAGGCUAAACUCUGCUCCUCCCCAAAUUGUCACUCAGUUAAGAUCACUUCAACUUACAUCCUUGAGACCAGUUCUUAUUUAGAAAGGGCUUUGGUGCCAUCAUGUGGCAUCUUACAGUGUUAUAAAGAGCACAAAAAAAUGCGAAUUGGUGGGUUUUUCAGUAAAUAAUGGAGGAUAGGGUACCAAAAAAAAAACAAUAAUGAAUAGGUGAGGGAUUACUGUAUUGUACUUAACAGCCAGGCCUCCAUUUCCCUAUGGUCCUAUUUUUAUCAUCACUUUUUCAUGAUGAAACAGUCCACUUGAGAGGUUCCACUGUAAACGCAUUUUUAGUGUAAUAGCCAGUAUGACCUGGGAACUACUGUAGCUAAUUAGCAUAGCACCAGUGCUUCAGUACAUAUCGCCCCGUACAAGCCGGUCUGGAGCCUUUGCAACACAGCUGCCUGUUGGAAUACACUGGUUUGCCUUUUGAAACCAGCCAAACAUGUUAUAUAUUUCAAAGGACGUUACAUACAAUUGGGGCUUUAUAUGAUUUUUAAUCAUGUAAAAGUACUAAGUAUUACAUUUCUGCCAAUAGGGGCUCCGUAUGAGUCAUCAAGGGAUGUUUGAUCACGAUCUUGUGGAGUUAUUAUAAUUUCGUGUUUUAUGGCGAGUCAUCAAACCUCGCCGGCAUGCUCCACCCACACGCAAUGACAAAAACUCAAAACCCUAGCAAUUUAGUGUCGCCCGGGUUUCAGUAUGUGAAGUUCAAAUUUAACCAUUGGACUAAAGCUUGAGGAUGGGGCCGUCUAUAAAAGUGACUUUCAAAAAUGAUUGAUGAACAUUUCUAAACCAAAAUGGCAGACUUCCUGUGUCUUUUGGGGCAUAGCUUCUUGAGACUUUUUUGGGGUUUUACUCACCAUAGACAUAUCUACUGAAUUUCAGUGAGGAGGCUGAAUUUGGCAAUUUGAAAGUGACCGCUCCAAGCUAAAAUAGGAGACUUUUUGUGAGUCCACUCCUGAUAGACAUGGCUACCAAAUUUCAUGAGGCUCAACUACACUGGGUUUGGGGGCUGGAUUUUCAAAAUAUCUAUGACAGGUCCGUCUUUUAAGGACCUUUGAAAAUAGCCCAUAGGACCCUAAAAUGACAGUCUUGUGUCUGUUCAGGCACGAGUUCUUGAGGCUUUUUUUGAGAGUUUGGGGCUUUGUUGUGAGUACUACUGAUAGAAAUGUCGACCGAAUUUCAUGUUGCUAAACAAAAACUAAUACAAGUCUGUCUUAAAAGGACAGCAUAGAUUCUGUGCUGUUUCUGCACAAUCAAGGGCUGAUGCACUAUUGUCUACUAGUGUCAUAGAUCAGUCGUGUGUGUCCUGUUGACUGAAAGCCACACUGCCUUUCUUGAUGUUAAAUCAAUGCACACCACUGGACUUUAUUUUGACAAUGAUAGUGUAUUUUUAUUAACAAAGGCACAUUAAACUAUUAUGUUCAGUAUCGCGCAAUAGGUGUCAUUGGAUGAGCUGGAAAGAAGGAUGUGCAUUAAAAGAGUGAUUUAUGACCUCUCCCUGCCCUGCUUUUUUGCAAUAACAACAACAAAUGUCUUGUCAAUGGAUCCUAACCUCCAUCCAAACACUGUUACUAUUUAUCCCCUGUCAUUAAAAGGGUGUUCCUUAUUUUGGAACAAAGCCAUUAACCUGU